UUGUGUGCGACAACCGGUGAAGGAGGGCCUUGGGUUAGGUACUCCUACUGCUGCUCCUGACCUGUCAAUAGAUUGGCGCGCAUAGCCACACUAGGGCUUUUCUGCUCGGAUGCACGACCUCGUUUUUGACCGAAUCUGGGCUGUCGUUGCGGGCAGAUACGUCCAGAUAGGGAAGGCCUAGUGUGGCUACGGAUUGCAGGAAGGGGGAGAUAUGGAGGAUGGGAAAGGAGGAGGAGGAGGAGGUUCUGGUGGAGGUGCUACUGCAGUUGCACUCCCACCCCCAUCGACAGCGACAGCAGCAGGAGGAGGAGGAGGACGAGGAGGAGGAGGAGGAGGAGGAGGAGGAGGGGGAGGAGAAGGGGGAGCGGAGGUACAUGAAGCCUGGGUAAGCAAUAUUGACGUGUUCCUUCGUGUUCGGCCGCCUAGUGGACGUGUGGCACCCAUGGAAAUUAUCAAUAAUGGGGAUGGAGACGGUCGAGUUAUCUUCACGAUACCCCGAGAUAUGGCCAUGGGCUACGUAAACAAUCAACGAGAAAAAUUUGAAUUCCGGUUCAAGGAGGUCCUGGACGUGGAUGCAAAGCAGGAUGUAGUGUUUGAUCGAGCGGCGCGAAAGGUUGUCCAAGGAGCUCUUGACGGAUUCAACGGCACAAUAUUUGCAUAUGGCCAGACAGGGUCCGGAAAAACAUUCACAAUGACAGGGGGAGCCGAGAGGUAUGUGGAUAGGGGUAUAAUUCCAAGGGCCCUUUCGCAUCUGUUCACUGACAUCAGCAACCGGAGCGACACUACGUAUGCGAUAUAUUUCUCCUACCUCGAAAUUUACAAUGAGACGGGCUAUGACCUCCUGGAUCCAAACCAUGAGACAAAGUCGCUGGAGGAUCUUCCUCGGGUUAUUUUGAUGGAGGAUGAAGAAAACAGGAUCCAUCUCCGCAACAUGUCAGCGCAUCUUGCCACUAAUGAAGAAGAAGCUCUCAACCUUUUGUUCCUUGGGGACACCAACCGUAUGAUUAGUGCAACGCCAAUGAACAUGGCAAGCAGUCGAUCACAUUGCAUAUUCACAGCAUCAAUUGAGGCAAGGAAAAACGGUGCAGAUACGGUCCGCAGAUCCAAGCUUCAUCUGGUCGAUCUUGCAGGAUCUGAGCGAGUCAGCAAGACCAACGUUGAGGGGCAGAUCUUGAAGGAGGCCAAGUACAUUAAUCUUUCACUCCAUUUCCUCGAGCAAGUCAUAAUUGCAUUGCAAGAGCGAAGCCAGGGCAAGCCUCGUCAGCAUAUUCCAUACAGGAACUCUAUGAUGACGUCAGUGCUCCGGGACAGCCUUGGGGGAAACUGUCAGACGGUGAUGAUUGCAAAUGUGAAUGCAUCGCUGGACCAGUUAGAAGAAACCAUCUCCACUUGUCGUUUUGCACAGAGGGUGGCCAUGGUGUCAAAUCAGGUCAGAGUCAACGAGGAGCUUGAUCCUAUGCACGUGAUCAGGAGGCUGAAGCAAGAAGUGAGGGAUCUCAAGGCAGAGCUUAAGCUGCUGCGAGGGGAAUCUGAGGACAGAGGUCCACUCACAGAAAGCGAGGUGGAAGCCCUCCAGAAGAAUGUGCAGGAUUACCUGGAUGACACAUCAGCAGAGGCCACAAUAAACUUUGGCGGAAGCAUGCUACAACUCAAGGCAGUAUUUUCAAUAUUCAAGCGAUUGAUCAAGGAGAAAGGAGGUGGAUACAACCAAGAAGAGGGGACGGGGAUAGAUGGAUUUGAUGCAGCGCAACUGAAAGGAAGUGCCAAAAAAGAUCUCCUAGAUGAGAUCGGAAGGCUUCGGCUACUGGUGAAGCAGCGUGAUAAUGAAAUCAACAUCCUUGUCCCUAUGGUUCGGAAGAAUGGGUCCCAAGGAAGAGGGGAAGUUGAUUCUUUCUGCCAAACAGGUUCUGGAAUUGAUGCAAUCUCGUCUGCUUUUUCUGGAUCGGUUCCAGCUGCAUCAGCAAAUGCAACGUGUACGGGAGAGGGGGACCCUGCUGCAGAAGCUCAGGUGGUGGAGCAAGAAAAGUCAUCAUCUCCUGGAGAAGCACGUGAUGAACAUGAGGAAGCCAUGAAUGCUGGCCGCCAGGUCCAUGACAGCACUCAGAGGGGGGAUACGGAUGAGGACAUGAUGAUGGCCACGUCUUCUCUCGACCUAGUGGCUGACCGGAACAAGGCCUUUGAGAUGUUUCGGAAAAACUAUCCAAAAAAUGAGAUCAUAGAAGAAAAUAAAGCAGCACUGAAAGCGAAGUAUUCCGAGGCAAAGCAGCUUGGAGAGGAAGUAAACGCAUCGCGCGAGGAAAUCAACUCGAUUAAGCGGAUAAUUGAGAAACGGAGAGUGGAAAGAGCUGUGCAAGGAGUUGCUGAUGGCGAGGACCCAACGGCCAUUCCCACCGAUCCAGAAGAAGAAGCUCUGAAAAUGAAGCUAGGAGUAGAAAAGUCUGCGUACAAAGGAAAGUUCAAUCAGCUCCGAAACCUGAAGCACGAGAUCGAGCAUCUUCAGAUGAUACUGGAACAGAGCAGGAUCCGGCUUCAGUUAUCCGGCUUUUCGAUCGAUGGUGGCAAAGAAGAAGUUGGAACAGGAAAUUAUGAUGGUACUCGUGAAACAGGUUGGAUUCUGCCAGUAGCCAAGCAUGCGUACAUCGGCGCCCUGUUCCUGAACUCAAAGGGCGGAUGCCAGACCUGGUUGAGCCACCUGGCAACCUCCCACGGCGUCGACGUACCAGACUUGAAGGACGUAAUCACAUGGGAGGAACUGACACGGCUGUGGAAGAAGCGGUUCAUCGUCGACGACGCGCCGACAGUCGCCAUCAACCGUUUGUUCACCAUGUCACAGGGCAACACAGCAACACGGGACUGGCUCACGGAGUGGCAGAAGAUUGCGGCUGUGCCCAAUCUGAACCUACCAUUCGAGCAUCUACGCCGUGAGUUCUACAACAGGUCUUGUGCGGCAUUGAGCCAGGCUCUUGGUGAUCGCGAGCAGUACUCAACCUUCGCGGAGAUUAGUGACAAAGCGAGGGAGAUCAUCAAGACCAACAGGUCAGCUGCACACGAGAAAUCAACAUCAUGGCAGCCGACCUAUGUGGAGAAGGUACGAAUUGGUCCGCGACAGCAGCACUUCGCUGCARUCCAGCAGGACAGUGGAGAUAACCCAGCAACCACUCCAGUAUCAAGUGACGGAGAUCAGGUGGCCGCUGUCCAGCCGCGAAGCACCAACAAGUCCCGCAACAAUGGGAAGGCGAAAUCCGCAUCGCAGGCCGGAAUUGGUCAAGACUUGAUGAGCUCGAUCCUACUAGCUCCGUUGAUGGACGCCGGAGCAGAGGUUGUCGAGCUUCACGCUUUCAUCGCGAAGAUCGACCGCGAGUUCAAGACGCAACGGUACGACGACAUCGACGCACCAUUGCUAUACAUACGCAUUCAGAUCGGAGAGGCGACCUGCAGUGCCUUGAUCGAUUGCGGAGCAUCUCGCAACUACAUCAGCCAGGAUUUCAUGGUACGCGCCGGCCUUGGCCCACGGAGUAAAUGGGUUGAGCUGCGAGGGGAGCAAGAAGUCAGCGGGCAAGCGAGGAGGGUAGCCAUGGUCGAGGUAGAAAGGAGACAUGCCAGUGGAGGGGCAGACAACGUUGUUGAAGACGAUAUCGGCAGCGGAGAGGAUCUGGUCCCAGUCGUGUUGAUGGGAAAGACAAUACUUCCGGAGGAUGCGUUGGAGAGUAUCGUUCAUCUUCUCUGUCUGGCCAUCAGUCUGGGGGUGAAAGGCGGUGUUGUACUUGAAGGUGGUCCCGUAUUCCUUGAAGAGAUUUCUCCAAAACUGCGAGAGGAAUCUGGAGUCACAAUCGCUGAUGAUGUUUUCUGGGACACCAUGAUGACGGGUGACGUGGCCGAAGAAGAGUUUGGCGAAGUCGUUGGCUUGGCAAGUGGUGGUACAAGGGAUGAAAUGGGCGGGCUUGGAGCGAGGGCCAAUAGAGGUAAUGGGAAAUAUUGUCAAAGGGUUUUGGAAACCAAGGUGUCCGGCAGUCUUGGCGCCGUGGUGUUAAGCCAAGAACUGGGUACGGAGACCACGGACGGAAGAAAUGCGAAGGCGGCGAGUUCCUUUGGUGUCGAUGUAGAGGAGAUGGUCGAUGAGGAAGUAGUCAGGGACAGUGUCAAGGUCGCCGAGUUUGGUGUAGGUAGGGGCGAAGUCGGGGCAGGAGGUGUAGCCAUGGAUGAAGCGAUGUUGGAGAGAUUGGGGGAGGUUGACAUGCGUCAUGGCAGCAAAGACUUUCUCAGGGGGCUUAUGAUCGGGUCGGCGAGAGAGGGCAUCGGCAACAAGAUUGCUCUUGCCGAGAGUAUGGCAAAUGGUGAAGGUAAACAGGGCGAGAAAGUCCAGCUAGUGGGUCUGACGAGGGGUGAUAUCCUUUUUGGUGAGGAUACAGGAGACGACGGUGUUGUUGAUGUAAAUGGUAAACUACUGGCUGUCGAGAGUGACUUUGAGCAGUGGUUCAAGAUGAUACUGCAUCAGCCCCAGGUCAUGACAUCACAAUAUCAUAAAAAAGACGGAGGGACAGAGACUCGAUCCAUGAGCACGAGGGUCAUGCUGUCAGACAGCUCCCACACUGGCAAUCUCCACUCCGUUGAUGCAGCUCGCUGCAGUCCACUGGAACAUAGUCCUCGAUCCUCUGUGCAGGCUGCAAAGACAGGGUACGGUGCCGGUGGAGGGAUCGAGCGACAGCGUGCUCAACUCCACCCAUGUGACGCCGAGUUAAUCAGCAGGCAUUUUGAUUCGAGCACCAGGGAUCGUGGCAGCUAUGGGACACCUCCUCUCAGUGCAGGGAUGGUUACCUCAGAGAGAAGUACCAAUGAUGUUCGUGAUUCUGCCACCAAGAAUCACACAGCACAACAAGGUGGCAGCAACAUUGCUUCUUCCCCAGAGAUCCUUUCGACAAAAAGGUCUGGAGAGAAUGUAGGUGGCAGUGGGCACAGCAAAUCCAAAACUAGAGCACGUCCAACAUCAGCUGCACGAGCGAGGAACCAGAUAUCAGCAGACAAUGAUGCAGCAAUUGGAUGCGCUUCCCCAAAACCAUCUGACCCACUGAACGGUGCAGUUGACAGUCAGAGGACCAGUACGCGAGAGCAGAGCAAGAACAGGCGGCCGACAUAUGAUCCCUGUAAGCUGGGAACCACAGUGCAAUCAACCAAUGUCAGUCCUAUAUCUGAUGGCGGUAGCGGUAUUCGUAACAGGCAUCUUGGCGGCGAGCCAGAUGGACAUCAGAUUCUAUCUGUGAAGCAUUCCUCCUACAGUCCUGAUGUAGGAGGGAGGUUUCCGGUCCCACAUUUCCCAACUACGGCACAACUGACUAGUGCCGGCCAGAAUCCCAUGAUAUCGGUGGUGGAGAUUGCACAGGGAAAGAAAGACCAGCAGUAUGACAGAGACAUUCAUCAUUCCGUUCGGCAACAAAGACCACCUUCUGGAGGUGUGUAUUGCACAAACAAUAGUAAAGCAGAGCAAGUAGAUGAGCGACAGAGGAGCCUGAGGAUACGGGCGAACAAAAGGGACCACUUGUCGAAUCUCCAAGAUCCGCUUCCACUAGCCCGCUCGGCAUGGAUGGAGACUCCACCCAAUGAGAAUGUUGUAGGAAAGAAUAGCUCUGGGGAAAUGCCAUGUCCCAGAAAUGCAGCCUUUCGCGAUUCGAGUAAUCUGAUCGAGACAAGGACACCUGUGAAUGAAGUGCCAACAUCUGAAACCUUCUCGACUCCUCGGCGGGUGAGGAUAUCGCCAUCGGUAGUCACUCAUGGAGGGGAGACAGGCCAAGAAAGGAGAGAGAAUGAGGCUCCCAUUUCCAUAACUGGAAACCCCAUGGCAGAUGCUGACAUCAUAGCCUUCUAUAAAGCCCGAGAGAAGCUAAGGCAGACAAGAAUCAAUGCGGCACAAUUGCGGAUGAUAUAGGUAGGCUUCACCACUAUUGGACAAAUGUAGUGAUGGACACAAGUAGUUCUUGCUGGCUGUAUUGGGACGCACCGCUGUUGCUGCUCAGAAACAAUUUUGCGUUCAUGCCGUUGGGCCUCAGCAAUCGUUGUCGUUGAUGAAUGUAUGGUGGGGCACAGUUAUUGCGAUGGUCCUCACCUACUUGUAGGUCAAGUAGAGAUGAGCAGCAACGGUACCAUGAUUGCUGUGUCCCUUCAUUUCUGCUCUGGAUAACCAGUAUUAGAGUCAUAAGAUGUCCACAAAGCACGAGUUGGGAGGCUUUUUGAGUGUCUACUGUCUGGCUUAUUCAUAGAGGAAUUUUCAGACCAAUAAAUGAACGAAAGUUGCUGAG